CAUCACUCCACUGGAGAUUCGCAAGCAUCUUCUCAUCCUCCACCCCCGCACCCCCGGGCCCUUCGACGCGUUCGCCAUCGGCUUCUUCCUCACCAACGCUUUGUCCUUCGAGGUCACCGAGUGAUCCGAGUACUUUCAGCCCUCGCUUUGCGCGCCUGAAAAACACCGCGCCAAGGCCCAUCUUCAGGCGGAGACCGAGCUCGCAGAUAUAUUACCCUGUUUUGGGUCUCACGUCCGACUUCACGCCGAGUCGCCGACAUUCUCUUCACUCUGUUCACUAGGUUCCGGGCAGCUUGCAAACGCCCGAGCGCAUGCAGCGGCGAGGGAAAUUCGCCCACAUCAGUCCCCCACGGUCCUCAAACAUGGGCUCCAACGACAAACUCGCGCGGCGUGGACUCACGAAUCGGCUUUGGGUCGUCGUCUGCGCCGUCCUCGCCUUGUUCGCCUUCAUUCAUUAUGUUGUUCCCUCCUUUGGCGGCGGAAGCACCCCAACGUACUCGAACUCCGACUUGAAACCGAAAAACUACAUGAACGUGUCGCUGGAGGAGGCCCCGAACCCAUUCGACUUCUGCCCGGUGUACGGCCCUGGAGAUGAGGUGGCAGCGAAGCACGGCGCGCUCGCCCUGUCCAAGACGCGCAUGCACCUCGGGAGCGGCGCGCGCAUCCAGCGGGUGCUGCAUCGCGCGCUGGCGGGGCAGCCGGUGACGAUAAGCGUGCUAGGCGGAUCAGUCUCCGCAUGCCACGGCGCCGGUGACGACCCCAUCUCCCCCCGCUGCUGGCCCUCCAAGUUCUUCCAGUGGUGGAACUCCGUCUUCCCCCACCCCGCGUCCGAGCUCACCAACGGCGCCAUGCGGCGCGUCAACUCCGAAUACUUUGGCUUCUGCUCGGCGCACCAUCUCCCCGACGUCACCGACCUCGUUAUCAUCGAGCUCGAUGCGGACGACGGCACGUCUAACGACUUCAAGACGCACUUUGAGACCCUCGUCCGCUCUAUCCUCAUUCGCCCCGACCAGCCCGCCGUCAUCCUCCUCGGCCACUGGUCCUCCCAGACGCACGCCAUCCAUGGCUUCGCGGGCCCCGACCACAUGCACGACAUCAUCGCCCAGUUCUACGACGUCCCCCACGUCAGCACGAAGGCCCUCCUUUACCCCGAUUACAUGCACGAACCAACGUCCAUUCAAAAAUACUUCGUCGAUCCGAUGCUCGCAAAUAACCUCGGACACGAUCUCCUUGCGGAUGUCCUCAUCUCAUACUUCCAGGGACAGAUCUGCAACGCCUGGUCUGUCUUCACUGGUUCUGCGUUCGACUCCGUCGCCGCGAACAAGGACGCGACAUCGGGCAAUGGCGCCGCCGGCCUCUUUGGCGGCCUCGGGCAGCGCAAGGGUGUUCCCGAGCCCGGCGCACCGAAGGACGCCAAGGACGAGGUUGACGCGGAGGGCAACCUCAUCGAUGUCGACCUCGACAUGGACCGCGGCCCCGGCUUUGGCUCCGGUGCAGGCGCUCACCUCAACGCACCGUCCGUGCCGCAGGCGAUGAUCGACACGCGUCCGGACUCCGCACGCGAGUUCGAAGAGGUGGACCCGUUCUGCGCGAGCGCGAACGACCUCGUGAACCCGCUCCCGCCCUCGCUGUUCUACGGCUCGGGCUGGUCCGCGUUCCACCCGCCAGGCGGCGCGACGAGCCUGACGGCCAAGUCGCACUACUGGUACGCGUCGAUGCCGACGAGCAAGUUGCGCAUCCCGAUCCAUGUCGGCAAGGGCGACAUUGGCGUGUACUACCUGCAGGAGCCGGCUUCGGAGGUCGGCGAGGGCAGCGCGGUUGAGUGCUGGGUGGACGACAACUAUGCCGGCGCGAAGAUGAUCGAGAACGCCGCAGAUGUUGGCGAGGAGCGCGCCGCUCUCUUCAUGAUUGACCAUUGGGUAUCGCGGGGCGCGCACUACGUCGAGUGCGUGCUCAUGGGUGACGAGGGCACGUCCGUGCCUCCCUUCAAGAUCAUCGGCGUCUUCUCGACAUGAUCUCGAGUCGAUUGUGGGAUAUGGACUCUGGAGAGGGGACGCGUCGGGCCGGCAGGGAAUCUCGCGAGCAUCUCCCCCGCUGCUAACGUCGCCUUGUUGUGGAUCACGCUGCACUGUAUUUGGUACGCAUACCUUUGCACCUACUUAGAAUAUCGUCUAUCUUAUUAGCUGGCUGCGCCUCGAAUGGGCACUAUUGUGCCACAAACACGACGGUCGUUACACUCACAACUACCCAUGCAGCCAUGCAGCUAUAAUCGACGCGCAAGUACCCGACGAAGAUGAUGCACCAUAGAAGAUACGGGCACAAAAAUUACGC